AGCAAAAAUGUCAAAUAUACAACAAACAAGGCACCAAAACAUUAUGAAAAACAUCUCAACUAAGCUGAGCGGACAACAACAUAAUAGUAAAGGAGGAAAAAAGAAGAAUAAGAUAAAAAGAGUGGAAAAAAAGAUACAUUGUAAACCAAAGUUAGGUCAUUCCAAGGCUUUCUAAUAAAUUAAAUAAUUUGGUGGCAUUCUUCUUCUUAAUACAUCUCAAUGAAUUAAAAAACAAAUGUACUUCAUUAAAAAAAUAUUGAAAACUGGUUUGUAAAAGCUACACCGCUACCUAAUCAAAAAUAUAGCUUCGCUACUGAAAAGCUACUUGAUUUAAAAACUAGCUAAGCCAACACCUCGCUACACAGAAAUGUAGUUAAGCUAAUAGCUUCGCUAAUCUCUAUUUUAUAACUUCGUUGUUGCCAUGACAACGUAAUGCCAUAAACUCUAAAACAACGUCAAUUUAAACAAAUUUACAGUUCAAAUAAUACAUACGUUUUAACAGAAGAAUGAAUCUAAGUGCUUUUAUAAAAUUAUAAGCUUCACAUUUCUGCCUUUAAACCCUCCAAAAAUUGGCCCCCAUUUACUUCCAUUGUAAAAGCCUCAGUGUAAACUUGAUUUUUGCUUUUUUGGAAGAAAAGGAGGGACGAGUCAAAAUAAUUUUUUGUGGUAAUCAACAUUAUGCCACAAAUGCUGUUGAUCGAGCUUAACUUGUAUUGAACCCGGAAUAUUCCUUUAAAUGUGAAUAAUAAAAAAGUAGCCUUGGUAAUACCAUUAUAUUAUCUUAGUUCCAUGUAAAUAUAUGGUACAUGAAUAUAGUAAUCGUACAACAAAGUACCAUAUGGUGCCAUCAAAUUUGUAAAAAGUGUUGUACUACAAAUCGACUCAAUGGAGCUGAGUUGCAUGGAGAGUUGUACAUUAACAAGUCAGCCAAUCCCUGGCGUGAUACAUGGUAAACCGAACGUCAAGUUAUUACACGAGUCCUGAAGCUUGCGUGACAGUCCUCUUGUGACAAUACUGGCAAGUGUCCACAACAAUAGACAAACUUCACUCGAGAGAGACUUGCGCACUCCACAACUAGUAGCCUACAACUUCCGUGGUAUACACCUGCUGCAGGUAAGCAGGGCUCUAAAACUGAAUACACCUGCGCCACGGGUAUAUUACAGUAUACACAUCAGCGAAACAUAUUAAACACACUUUAAAGAAUCGAACAUAUCAUCAUCUCUCGGUGCCAUGAGUGCGGAAUACAGACUUUGUGAAUUGGCAUCAGUGUCCUUGCGCGUCUGUGACCAGAUGGAGACUGACCCGGGACUGGGCGACCCUCCAAAACAGGAAAAUCGACAGCAUUUAUCUGAGGACGAUGGGCUGUUUUUGUACAGUAAUGGCACAGCAAAUAAAGAAACGUCGACAAAACAUGCGCGCCAGUUUGGGGAGAGUCCUGUAGAGGACCGUGCAGAUUCCUCAUCUGGUGCGUCGGCUCCAGGAGAAUCGAAACUAUGUUCAAAACAUGGAUGCGAACUGGAGUUGUAUUGCAGUACAGAGGAAAAACUGACCUGCUCGCUAUGUGUCUCGGAUGGGUCUUGUCAGGGUCACACUGUGACAGAGCUGGUUACCCGGGCAACAGUAGUAAGGAAUCAGCUGGUGGAUGUCUGUGAGAAAAUGCAGCUGCAAGCUCUUCGGAUAGAACGCUUCACUGACCGUACUCUAACCGCAAGGGAGAAAGCUGUACAGACGGAUGCAAACAACGCGAGAGAGUGCGUGCUGGCUCAGGUGAACGCGGUACGUGAGGCGCUGGAGGAGGAGGAGCAGCGUCUCCUGGAGGUCAUACAGAGAGAGGAGGAGCACGUGGAGCAGUGCCUCCUCACUCAAAGAGCACACUGGACUCAGACGCUAGAGAAACUAACACACACACGCACCAGUCUGGUGCACACACUCACAAACUCCACAGACACCAUGCUUGUGAACUCUAACCAAGAAAUAUUUGACAGGAUUGAGGAUGCUGAAGGUGUUAGUGAACCCAGAGACACUGAGCAGCUGAGUCUGAACAGAACCUGCAGUGACAGUAAACUCAUGGUGGGUUUAUGGGCCAGUGCAAUACUGCUUGGGCCAUCUGCCCACAGUUCAACCAGGCUACUGUUUGACAUGCAAACAGCCUGUUCUCUUCUGUCGCUCUCCGACGAUCAGCGCACUUUAACAUUCUUGCCCAAACGCCGGCGUCAGUCUCUCCCCGAUGACCCAGCACGCUUCGACAGCUGGCCUAAUGCACUCUGCUCCCCUCUCAUGUCCUCUGGCACCCACAGCUGGAUACUUGACGUGGAUAAGAGCACUGCUUACAAAGUGGGCGUCUGUUAUGCCAGCAUGGAACGCAAGGGGUCCGGCAAUAACGCCCGGCUGGGCUACAACACAAAAUCAUGGGUGCUCUCACAUUACGAUGAUGACUUCUCUUUCUGCCAUGAUGGAUGUAAUGUUGGGAUAGUAGUAACUAAGAAGCCGAAGAGACUGGGACUGCUGCUUGAUUGGCCCACUCAGACUCUGCUGUUCUAUGAUCCUGACUCUGUGUGUGUUCUACAUGUAGUCAGACAUGCUUUCAGUGAGCCUCUGCAGGCCGCUUGUGCAGUGGCUGAUCAAAGCAUCUCUAUAGUGCACUAAACACAGUACGAGUGCUAAUAAUGGAAUAAAUGGCACCUGUAACUGACAACUUGAUUUUGAAUGAUGCUGCAUCCACACCACUAGGUGUCACUGUAAGUCCAAGAUGACAAUCAAAAAAGAAAUGGUAGAUUUAAUGUUUUCAUGAUGCAAAGUAUUAUUGAUUAUUAUCUGUGCUAUUGAAGACUAGGAAGAAUGUAUGACAUAUGAAGAGAAAGUGUGUUCUGUAAGAAGUUCUGGAUCAUUUGAAUCAUAUUGUUUCAUUCGUCUUAUAUUCUCAAACCAAUAUGUUUUAGGAUCUGCCAAUCUGAUUCAGUUGUAAUAGCUGCGUGACAUGUGACAGUCACUGCUUUUAUAUUUAUGUCUUUUAUGUUAUUGAUAUGAUAUGAUAUGAAGGAUCUUUCAAGAAAAGUUGUAUUUAUGUUCAAAUUAGUGAAUAAUUGUAUUUAUUAUCUGCAUUUUAUAGGAAAUUGUUGUUCACAUUUGUUUGUGACAGAAUAUGUCUGCAUGAGAAAUAAAAAAAUUCAUGCCACCUAAUCAUGGAGUAUAAAUUGUUAUGUCAUUAGAAUAUAAUACUUUAUUUUCCAUUGUGAAAAUAUCAGUGUAUUCUUUAAUGCAAAAAAAUAAUAUUAAUUUGAAUACUUCCAGCAAAAAUGGGCUUCUGAAAAUGCCACAUUUCAGGUUAGGAACAUGAUUCAAUUGUUCAAUUUCAUUCUGACUGGACAACAUCAUCUUCCAUAUUUUAAUAAAAUGAAUAUUAUUAAAUUACUAACUUAUUACAGUUAACUGUGUGCACUAUUUCGAAGUUGUUUUGAUCAAAACAUCUGCCUAAUGAGUAUGUUUUUGUAGUGUCUAAAGCUCAAGGCUGGUACCUGGGAGGCUGCUUGUUUGAUCCCUGUAAGGAAAAUGCCAUGAAGUGCACUCAGUAAUUUUUUUCACCAUAAAAAAAGUUUUACUCCUAAAGAAUUGAAUAGUAAUGUUGAAACAUAUGUAUAAAAUCAUGAGCACUCACAUGAGAUGAGGAGUCUAGUCAUAUCAGUAGCCUAAUAAAUGUUUUUAAUUCUUAAAGGUACUGUUUUAUUCUACAUGGGGCAGGGGCACCCUCAUGGGGGCUGCCAUUUUAGAAUCACAUGACCAGCUGAAUACUAC